GAGAAAAAAGCUUGUGAGAUGUACAAUACCUAUGCUGGACUUGUUGGCUUCAGUGUUAGAAAGAGCAGGACGAAGCGCCGCAAAUCAGAUGAUAGUUUAUCUCAGAAAUAUUUUGUUUGCAGUGGCCAAGGACUUCGGAAAAAUGAGGCAUCACAAAAAGAUAUUACAAGGACCUGUUGUGAUGCUCGUGUCCAGUUUAGUAUCAGCAAGGAGAAUGUAUGGACUGUGCAAAAGAUUGUAGUAGAGCACAACCAUUAUCUUGCCAGUCCAAAUAAGAUACAUAAGUGGAGGUCCCAACGAGAGAUUAUAGAGGCAGAUAGAAAAUUAACUGGGCAGGCACGACGGUCUGGAAUGAAGCCAUCCCAAGUUUUCAAUUUUAUGAAGGAGCAUUAUGGAGGGGAAGACAAAGUACCAUUUACUAAGAUGGAUUGCUAUAAUGAGAUUGGUCGCGAGCGCAGACAGUACUUAGAAGGCAAUGAUGCACAAACAUUAUCUGAAUAUCUGAGAAAUAAACAAGCCCAGGACCCAACAUUUUUUAUGCAGUUGAGGUGGACAAGGAUACUGGUCAUAUAGCAAAUUUCUUUUGGGCAGAUGGUCAGUCUAUCAUGGAUUACAAAUGCUUCGGUGAUGUUGUGUUCUUUGACACCACAUUUCAAACAAAUAAGUUUGAAAUGCCUUUUGCUCCGAUUCUUGGCACCAACCAUCACAAGCAAACAAUAAUUUUUGGGUGUGCACUCAUGUUCAACGAGACUAUUCCAUCAUUUGUUUGGCUAUUUGAGUCCUUUCUUCAAGCAAUGUCUGGAAAGCACCCAAGCACAAUUUUCACAGAUCAAGACGCGGCAAUGGCAGCAGCAAUUGCUCAUGUAUUCCCAAACACAGCCCACCGCCUAUGUUUGUGGCAUAUUCGCCAAAAUGUUGUCAAACAUCUUGGUCCUAUAAUUAAAGCGGCAGAGGACAAGGCAGAGGACAAGGCAGAGGACGAGGCAGAGGACAAGUCAGGUAACAAGUUCAACAAGUUCUGGGUGGAUUUCAAAAGUUGUAUCUACGAAGACAGAGCAGAGAUUUACUUCACAAAGAAAUGGGAUGAAUUGUUGGCUAAAUACAACCUUGAGGAUAACACAUGGAUGUCAAACCUAUAUGCUUUGAGGGCAAAGUGGGCAGCGGUAUACCGUGACUCAUUUACAGCAGACAUGCACUCGACCCAGAGGAGCGAAGGUAUGAACAAUGUCUUCAAGAAAACAUUUCAUAGGAAACUUGGUCUUUCAGAACUCCUUGUAGAAUGUGAAAAUGUUAUAGUCACUCUAAGGUCAAAUGAGAAGGAUGCUGAUUUUCAGUCACGUCGAAAGAUCCCAGCUUGCUACAUUCCAAAUCUGCCAAUGUUGAAAACUGCAGCUGAAACAUAUACGAGGAGAAUGUAUUCAGAUUUUGAGGAAGAGUUUAAAAAACAAUUUACGUUGUCUUGUGAAUUGUUGGAAGGUAAUGGGACAAACUCCACAUUCUUUGUGAAGUAUAUGCAAUCUGAACGUGGAGCAACAGUAGUAUUGAACAAAGAAGAUUCAACUAUUACAUGCUCUUGCCGGAUGUUUGAAUGCAUAGGUUUAUUAUGCAAACAUGCUCUUAGAGUCUACAAUAUGAAUGGGGUAUAUAAUUUGCCAUCACAAUAUAUACUGCCUAGAUGGACAAAAUAUGCUAAAAGUGGAUUUUAUAUUGAAACAAAACAAGGAUCCGAGGAGGGAGAUUUGAAUGCACAGGCAACACUUAUAUCUCGAUAGGCCACAUCUCUUGCAUUGAAGUGUUCGUCAUCAAAAGAACUACUUGAUAAAAUCUAGAAAGCCAUGCAUGACUUGAACUUGGAAGCGGAUACUUAUCUAAGUGAGAUGCAUGAUAAAUCCAAUGAGAUUUCCCCUACUCCAAAUGAAUGUGUCCGAGAUCCACUAAAUGGUGUAAUAUCAUUCAGAAUCCCUCCAGUCAUAAAAGGUCCAAAGGAGACACGUUUUAAAAAUGUUCUUGAGAAGAACCCAGGAAAGAAGAAGAAGAAGAAGAAGGGUGCCCAGAAGAAAGGUGACGAUCUGGAACAUGAUGAUAUUGAAGCAAGAGACGAACGUGCUGAGACAAACCAAAUAAUUGUAAGACAAUACCUAUUUUCAAAAUUUAUUCCAUUACAUGCAUGAUUUAUGAACACUUUCUUGUGGUAAACACAUGAUUGUAAUGUUGGGGCAUCUUCAACCAUGAAUGCUCCUUUCGUCCAAGGUGGAUAUACUAA